GCAAGAAGCACUAGGAAUGCAGCAAAUCGAGCAAAGUUGAAGAUGCUUCAUCAUAUUGGUAGCAAGCCUAUUCGAGAGAUUAUUUAUCAAAAGGGCGGGAAAGAUGGAAAUCCACCAGAUUUGGCAACUAUUUUCUUUGAGACUCGUAAGAAAGAUAACAAGCUUGUUGAACCUGAAGCAAUUGAAAAACAUGCUCAACUCCAAGAAAUUGUUCAAGCAGAUCCAUCUCUACCUAGCAUAGAGAUUGUUGAAAAAUGUUGUGGACCUCAAACUCGUAGCCACGUAUUUGGAUUUGGGGGUGGAUUAAAGGCAAAAGACUUGAAAGGUGGAACUUCUUCAAAAGCUGAAUUGUUAUCUGCACUACAUUCAACGCGAGAGGAUAUUAAAUCCUUGAAUGAAGAGAACAAAUCCUUGACUGAGGAAAACAAAUCCUUGAACAAUCGCUUGUCUACCUUAGAAGAUGAGAUGAAAGAAGUAAUGAAAAUGAAAGAACUCUUCCUAGCUCAUCAAUCACAUGUACCAGCUACAACAUCGUCCUUUUCAACUGAAUGA